GGCCGCUUCCUCCUGCUCCGACGAGGACAACGUUUGAACUCCUGCUUGACCGUCGAUUCCAAGUAGACUGAAUCUAUCCAAGUGGGAGAAGCCCGCCGGGGAACGACACAAAGAAGCCUGCAAGUGACUUCCCUGAGCGAGGUUGUUUCGAUCUUCAACCAACAACCAACACCACGGCCACCUCAGAAACCCGAGAAACAGUGCAGGCACAGUGUGAGUCCAAAUACACCACGCUCAGCCGUGUUCGCCGUCGCAUCCGCCCGCCGCCAUGGUUUAUCGGAUGGAGAUAUACGUAGAUGGAGGGUGCAGGUACAAUGGCUACUCGAAUGCAAUCGCUGCCGCAGCCGCAGUUCUCCAAUAUCGCUGGGGAAACAACUAUAAGUACCGAACGUGCCAGGUCUCCGGGGACGCCACGAACCAACGGGCUGAGAUCACUGCCAUCAUCCUUGGUUUGCAAAUGGCAUUGGACAGAUACGAAGAGCUGGACACAUCCCCAUCCAUCGAUGUCACGAUCUAUUCGGACUCCAGGUAUGCGAUUGGCUGCAUGACUGAGUGGAUUUACAAGUGGAGCAAUAAUGGCUGGACCAACAGUCGAGGAGAAGAGGUGGCGAACCGGGAUCUGAUCCAGGAGGCCUCGGAUCUUGAUGACGACGUUCAAGAUCUAGGCAGUGUGACGUACCGCUGGAUUCCCCGCGAAGACAACGACCUUGCUGAUAAACACUGCAAUGAAAAAUUGGACGACAUGGAAGGGUAUUAAGAUCCCCGAUUCUGAUGACCACUGGUCUGUGGUCAGGGCUCCGGCCAGCGUUCGGACCGUUGAUUGGUAUCGACCGCUCACUCGAUGCUGGACGUCGCAAUAUGCUUAUUUCCCACUGAGUCGGCAACCAUCCCAUUAGAAUACCACUCGCGUUCAAUACCCUACGCAGGAGAGGACACCGGGGGUUCGAAUGCAUUGUGGUUAUACCUAUGCUCCUCGCAACCCAAGGGUUCUAGUGCCGCUUUGCUGGUAUCAGUAGUAGGUAGUCUCGACACUAUUCUUUGAUUUGCGUAUGGUCAUUCAGGAGCUUGUCUGAUAUGCCGCAAUAUUGACUGGCAGACAUGUCUAUCAUUCACAGUCGAAAACCUCCAUUAUUUCAAAUGCCUUG